GUCACGCUGUCACGCAAACAAAUGGUUGCCGUUGAAAUAAAUUUUAAUAAUUAAAGAUUGUUAUGGACGGUCCCGCAAUGGCCGAUGUAUUAGAUAUAAACGAUGCUGUGGACAUUGAUGUGGAAGACGAAGGCGACCAAAGCGUUCUGAGGCUAAAAGACAAGGUGGUGAAGCGGAAGGGCCGCGGUUUCGGGUCCGGCGAACGCAGGGAGCACGAAAACAUUAGAGGUUAUGAAUCGAUUGACGCUGGAGACCACGGCGACGAGCCCGGGCCCCAAAUGUCCGUGGAAGGGUGGAUAUUGUUCGUGACGUCCGUGCACGAGGAAGCCACCGAAGAGGAUCUGUGCAAAAAGUUUUCCGACUACGGAGCGAUCAAAAAUAUCAGCAUUAAUUUAGAUCGCAGAACGGGUUUUCUGAAAGGGUACGCUUUGAUCGAGUACGGGAAUUACAAAGAAGCGGCGGCCGCCAGAGAGGCUCUUAACGGAUCUUCGUUGCUAGGUCAAACCAUUGGCGUCGAUUGGUGCUUUGUAAAAGGUCCUAAGAAGACCAAAAAGCGAAGUAAACGACAUUAAUAUUAUAUUUUUUUGUAAGUUAAGUAAUAAAGUACAAUUUGUAUUUGUAUUAUUGUGUGUUAAGGUGGACAUCAAUUUAAUAAUUUAAAUAAAAACCGAUAUUUAAUCUAUUUGUAAUA